UGAUUUCAGACAUGUUUUCAUGUUUUUCUCUCCUCAUGGCGACACUUUAAGGAUGUCGGUUGUUUCGUAAAGUCUGUACGGUCAGUCUCCAGCGAGGGUUCGGUCCGAGCGACUGUUACCCGCCCCGGUGGGUCGGUAGCUGCCGCGGCCCGCUGAGCCCGUCAUCACCAUGACGGAGGCGGAGGAGCUCCGUCCCGUCCCCCGGGAGCGCGCCAUCCUGGAGAGCUUCUUCACGCAGCUGGGGAUGCUGUCGUUCGACCGGGCCAAGGACUACGUGGAGAAGGAGAAGGACCUGAGCCGCGGCGCCGGGCCCAUGUGGAGCGCGCUGCUGGCGGCUCUGGCUCACCUGUCCGCCGCGGAGAAGGUCUACCACCACAUGACGUUCCUGGGGCAGAAGAUCGGCGGUCAGUCCUUCUUCAGCCGCAAAGACUCCAUCCGCACCGUCUACACGUCCCUCUACAACGAGCUGAAGAAGGUGGUGACCAUGGGGCGCCACAGCCAGCCGGCCUCCUCCUCCUCGUCUUCCUCGUACCUGGAGGACCUGCUGUCUCACCUGUCCGAGCAGCUCUGCCACUUCACACAGGCCCGCAUGGAGAUGGCCGACCUGUACGAGAAGCUGCACUCGCUGGGCAGCCAGAAGAGCGUCAACUCGGAGGAGCUGGUCGCCACACUGGAGGUCGUCCUGCACAAGUACAGCUCCAAGUUCCAUCACCCCAUCCUGGGCCGGGUGGAGGAGAGCUUCCAGACGGAGGUGGACGUGGUGACCCAGCUGCUGCGCUGCCAGGCUCAGGUGUCGGAGUGGAGCUUCCUGCCCGCCCUGCUCAGCCUCCACGGCGCCCAGUCCAAGCUGGCGGCGUGGGGCCAGCUGUUCCAGCGGCAGAAAGAGACGCGCAAGAACCUGUUCGGCGGCCAGUCGCAGAAGACCGUGCAGCCGCCUCACCUGUACACGUGGCUGCAGCGCUUCCAGGCGGCGCUGCUCGCCAAGUUCAGCUUCUACUUCCACGACGCCCUGAGCCGGCAGACCACGCCGGCCGACAUGCGGGCGCAGACGGCCCGCACCACGCCGGACUACCACGGGAAGAUCUGCGCCUUCAUCCGGAAGCACGACGCCAGCAACGUGUCUCUGGUGUUCGACAACCGCGGCUCCGAGAGCUACCAGGGUCCCGGCUACCACCACCCGCACUCGUACCGGGAGGCGCCGAAGGGCAAGGACCAGUUCCCCGCCAUCGUGUCGCUGCCGUCCGGUGAGCGGCCGCACACGCACUGGCCCAACGUCAUCAUGAUGAUGGGCGACCGCGCCGCCGAGCUCAACACUCUGGACAAGGUGGUGCACUUCUACGACGACAAGGUCCAGAGCACGUACUACCUGACGCGGCCCGAGCCGCACUUCACGCUGGUGGUCAUCUUCGACGGCAGGAAGUCGGAGAAGGACCUCCAGAUCGCCGCCUUCCUGCAGGAGAUCAGCGGCUCCCUGAGGAACUCCAAACCCUUCAGCUGGCUCAAACCGGGAUCCAAGGGCUGAGCGUCAGACCGCCGCGCAGCGCCACCUGCUGGGCACUUCAGAGACUUCUCUCCAACACGGAGGUUUAGUUUCUUUUUUUUGGCCAAAGUUUUCAGUUGGAAAAAAUGAAGCUUUGAUCUGAAAAUAAUUCAUUUUAGAAAACAACUUUUAAUUGUUUUUUGUAAUAAAAACUAAAUGUUUAUAAA